UGUUGGUUGCAGAGUUCUUUCGGAAAUAGGUUCCUCGUCGAAUCAUGCGAUCGGUGUACUUGUGCCUUGGGUUGUUGCUCGGCUGUAGUUUGGUGGUUGCGACGAAUGAGACGGAAUCGACAACAGUUAAGCCCGCUAACACCGGGUCGUCUGGGUAUGGCUUCGAGAUGCUAAUGGCCAAGUUAGACUACCUUCAGUAUAAGCUGCUCGAGAUGGACUUCGGAAUGAAAGAGCACAGCGAAGGCAUUGCGCAGAACCAGGCUCAGCUGGAAAAGGUGUUCGGUAGUAUGCUGUGGGCCAUCAGUCGGCUGGAUCAGGCGGUCGGGAACAAUCUGACAGCGCUGCAAGCACAGUCCUGGAAGAUCCUGGCCCGGCAGACGGUGUGCGCUAAUCACGAGCAGCUGCGUGGUGAAAUCUUCAGUCUUGCCCCGAAGCAAGGACUCAGCACGAACGCGCGGUCUCUGUUCGAUCUGCAGGGCAUGCGCCACAAGGGUCCAUUUGCAUCGUGUCGGGACGAACCGUCGAAGAUUUCGGGCAAGUACCUGCUUCGACCAUCGGACGAUGAAGAGCCGUUCCCGGUGUACUGCGAACAGACCAAGUUCGGAGGCGGUUGGCUGGUGAUACAGCACCGCUUCGAGGGUUCGCUCGAUUUCUUCCGCAACUGGACCGAGUACCGGGACGGAUUCGGGAGCAUCGAUCGGGAGUUCUGGAUCGGUCUGGAGAAGUUGCACCAGCUGACUUCCCGCAAAGCAUACCAGUUGCUGAUUGAGGUGGAAGACUUUGCCAACGACUAUCGGUACGCGCGGUAUAAAGAGUUUGAGGUUGGCAGCGAGGCCGAACAGUAUAUGUUGAAGAAGGUGGGAGCGUACAGCGGAACCGGUGGCGACUCGUUCACCUACCACAAAGGCUGGAAGUUUACGACCAUGGAUCGAGAUAAUGAUGGAUCGGCCACGAACUGUGCGGUUACUUGUGAGGGAGCCUGGUGGUACAAUAACUGCCAUCACUCGAACCUGAACGGACGGUUCAUGAACGCGAUAGACGUGAAGUCUAUCUCUUGGUAUCACUUCAAGAGUAACCACCAGGGCAUGGCUUAUUCGCGCAUGCUGAUACGGGAAGUGUGAGGAUUAGGUUUGAAAAUAAACACAAUUUUUAAACUUUUUGAUUAAAA